AUGGAUCCCAACCAGGCCAGUGGGAAUGACAGAGAGAAUGAAAAGGGGGAGAAAAAAGAGAAGGAGAAAGGAAUUAAAAGGAGAAACAGACUUUUUACAAGAUACCUGGAAAGGAGGAAGACAGAUACUAUUGUGGAUGAUGACGCUUCCAAAGGUGACAUCAGCAUCGCAACCUUGUUGGUGGAUGUAGAUCGGCUGUUCACCAACAUUGAGUCUGUGUGUGUUGUCUCUGCUGAACUGCUCGAAAGACUGAGAGAUGCCAUAGCUGACCCUGACCCUGAAACACAACUCAUAGGAGAAGUGUUUAUCCAAGCCAAAGCCGUCAUGGAGGAUGUAUACAAAAUUUACUGCUAUCAUCAUGACGAGGCUAACGCUUUACUAGAGUCUUAUGAAGCACAGGAAGACAUCCAGCAGCAUUUUAGAAGAUGCAUAUCCACACUCAAGAAAAUAUACGACCAAGAAGGGAAGCCCAAUUUGCUUGACAUGGGUUCUCUACUCAUUAAACCAGUGCAGCGUAUCAUGAAAUACCCGCUGCUAUUGGCUGAACUGUGGAAUGCCACACCCACGGACCACCCAGACAACAGACCCUUACAAGAAGCUCUGACAUCUGUAAAGAUUAUUAACAUCAACAUUAAUGAGUUCAAGAGGAGGAAAGACAUAGUGCUGAAGUAUAAGAGGAGUGAAGAUGAAACCUCACUGAUUGGUAAACUCAACAAGUUCAACAUUCAUUCUAUCAGGAAGAAAUCAGACCGGCUGACAAGCUAUUUCAAGAUUCUCACUGGUGUCGAGCCACAGGUGAGAGAUGAAGCGUUUGACAAAGAGGAAAAACUGUUCCGUAUCCUUGAGAAAGCUGUGAGACAGCUAGUGAAAAACAUCACCUGUUACUUGCUCUAUACUCAGGAGAUGAUAUCCAUUGCUGUUCAAAAUGCACAGGACCUAGAAGCUAUAAUGAAGGAUCCAGACAAAAUAGACACAAAUGGCUUUCAGCAAAAGAGGAACGGCAAUGACCCAUACAAACAGUUUAAAGAUCACAUGGAGCAUCUUGUUCUUGCUCCACUCGAGAGGCUGCUGGGAAUGUUUGCCUCGCCACAGAAGCUGAUACAGAAGCGCUACGAUAAACUGUUGGACUACUGCAGCCAGCUGGAUUCCCGAUCCUCCAAAGAGGAACAGGGCCAGGCCAAAAAAGAUUACCUGGCCCUCAAUGCCCAGUUGCUUGAGGAGCUGCAAUGCUUCAAUCGAGCUGUCAGGACAAUCCUCACCAACUGCUUGAUUUGUGUAGUAAAAUUAAUUAGAAAGCUGAUGGAAGCAGCUCAGCCGCCUAUCCAACAGAUACCGGUUCCCUUGUCAAACGUUGGUGAAGUCCAAAAUUCAAUUAUGGAGGAGUUGAGCAACCUUGGAUUCUUCAAAGAUAAUUCCCAAAAGCUGAUGGAGCGCAAAGUGAGCUUUGAAAAACGGGACAAGAAAAUGGUCCCAGAGGUCUCCAGACAGACAGAGGAGCACAAAGCCUGGCUCCUGGAAGAGUUUGCAGUGGAUCGGCUCUAUCAACUCAAGCGUAACUGCAAUGCCUGUCAGGAAAAUGACAUCAGCUUGCUGGAGGGGGAGCUGGUGGCCCUGCUGGAAGACAAAGACCCUAUGGGAAGCAGCAGCCGCUGGCUGGUGCACACUGGGAGUACACAGGGCUAUGUGUACUCAUCAUUCCUGAAAGCUUACAACCCCCAGCGGGAGGUGACUGAGAGGCCAGAUGACUUUGACAAUCUGAGUCUGUUCGUGUCGAAUAGCAGGAGCAGUAGUAUGCGGAGCUUCAGUCCGUACAGCACUUCAGACAGUAUGUCCCCUCAGCCUGGACCACAGGACGAGCCGGACCCCUCUGAGGACCAACAUUUCUAUGCAGUUUAUGCCUUCCAGGCACGCUGCGAACAAGAGCUCACGCUUCAGGAGUACCAGCAUGUUCGUAUACUUCAGUUUUCUGACCUCGUUGGUAACAAAGACUGGUGGCUUGCUGAAUCUAAUGGACAAAAAGGCUACGUCCCAGCAAAUUACCUUGGAAAGAUGUCAUAUGCUUAAAACUCUUUUUUUUUCUCUCUCUCUAUUAAUAGUUUUUAUUUAAAAGAAGAAAAAUAUGGAUAUACAGUAGAUUUUUAUUUUUUUGGUUUAAUGAAGGCCACCCCUGCACAAAUACUUUUGCACAUGUGAAGCUUCCAACAGUGUUUGCUUGAAUUAUAUACAAAUUGUUAGAGCUUGUUAAUCAAAAAAAUUAUUCUAAGUAACUGUAUAUAGUAAUAUUAAUACAUCAAAGAUUGUGUGAUGAAUAAAAUA